AUGCGCCCCUUCAGAGCCACCAGCACGCUCCUCCGCGGCGCCAAUGGCCUCGCCCAAGCUUCGCGAAGCCAAACCCAGGCUCCCCGCCUAAUCGCAUCCCAAACCCUCCUCCUCCGCCGCACCUUCACCUCCAGCCCUCCCCUCGAGAAGAAGAAGAAAUCUCCCCCCUCCUACCCGACCGCCGACUCCCCCGCCGUCGUCUCCCGCACAUCCCACGCCGCGCCCGACCACGACGCCGACCCAGACGACCCCUCUGGCUCCAAGCACCCGAAGCCAGACCCCGCCGACCCCCUCGACUUCGGCGAUGUCGCCUCCCGCUUCGCCUCCCUCGCCACGCACCACAUGGACAUCCUCAAGAAGAUGCAGACAGGCGACCGCUUCUCCCCGGACGCCAUCGGCGCCCUGGCCGUGCACCCCGACAAGAAGGACCCCGCGCAGUCCUACCCCCUCCGCGAGCUCGCCGAGAUCGUGCCCCGCCCCGGCGGCCGCACCGUUUCUCUCCUGCUGCACGAGAAGGACUACCUCAAGCCCGUCAUGUCCGCCGUGCAGGCGUCGCCCGACUUCAACCAGCAGCCGCAGCGCGACCCGGACAACGAGCUCGAGCUGAUCCUCAAGGUCGAGCCGCAGAACAAGGACGCCGUCGUGCGCAAGGCGAAGGACGCCGCGCAGGCGUGGCGCGAGAAGAUGCGCGCCGUCACGGAGAAGCGCAAGAAGCUGCACACCAAGUGGAACAAGGACAAGCUCAUCGUGCCGGACCUGAAGCGGCGCGCGGACACGGAGUUGAAGAAGAUUCAGGACAAGGAGAUGAAGGGCGUCGAUGCGGUGGAGGAGCAGACUAUCAGAAAGCUCACGUAG